CAAAUCUCAGUGUCUCUCUCUUUCCCUCCUUUAGAAGGCCGUUUGGGAUCUGUCACACUGGUCUGGAACAUUAGCUACCAGCUAAAUACAUACUGGAUAACUUGUUCUGUUAUACAACCUGAGUAAGAACUGCCUGCCAGGAAUACUGGGAUGAGAAAAGGAAGAAUCUAAAAGGUACACAUGAUUCACUGGGCCAAGGAAAACAUCAGCACAGGACAGGAACCAGGACUUUGGAGGCCUGUGACGAGUGGAGGAAUAGCGGCGUCACACAGAAUGACAACACAUUGAUUUACCUGAGCUAGACAAUCAGGAAGACACAGAGGAAUUAUUAAGUGAUUGCGCUGAAAAAGUGGGUAAUUUUGGAACAGAGUGGUGAACUGAAGAAGAAGGUCGUGCAGCAGCCUGUUCUGGUUCCUUUUCUCAUAUAAAUCAGACUUUUGUUUAGGGCCUAGUGUGGCCUCCUGAAGCAGUGACCAGAACCAUGAAGCUGUCAGGGAACGUGCUGGAUCUGGACUCCACAGACUACAGCACCACCCUUGACCCCUCCUACACCAUGCUGGAGUUUGACAACCUCAGGGUGUUUCCUGUAGAGACAGAGUUGAUGAUGCCGGAGCCUGCCCCUCUGCUGCCACAGACCAAUGGAAGCGUGUGUUCCAUAUGUGCAGACAGGGCCACAGGUAAACACUACGGUGCUUCCAGCUGUGACGGUUGCAAGGGCUUCUUCAGGAGGAGCGUCAGGAAGAACCACGCCUACACCUGCAGGUUCAGCAGGCAAUGUGUUGUGGACAAAGACAAGAGGAACCAAUGCCGUUACUGCAGGCUUCGGAAAUGUUUCCGAGCAGGCAUGAGAAAGGAAGCCGUGCAGAACGAGCGGGACCGCAUCAGCAGCCGCAGAGGAGAGGGACAGGGGCUGGGCACUCUGUCAAUCAGUGUACUGCUACAGGCAGAGGCCAGCAUGCAUCAGUUUCCAGCCCUGACCUCCCCUAUGAGCUGUGACAUCAACACCAAGAAGAUAGCGCGCGUGGGGGAUGUGUGUGAGUCCAUGAAGCAGCAGCUCCUCCUGCUGGUGCAGUGGGCCAAGCGCAUCCCCGAGUUCUGCAGCCUCCCCGUUGACGACAGGGUAUCCCUGUUACGAGCCCACUCUGCUGAACACCUCAUCCUAGGGGUGGCUCGACGCUCCCUGCCUUACAAUGACAUUAUCCUUCUGGGUAAUUUCUUUGUGAUCCCAGUGAGCGGUCCUGAGGUGGAGGUGUCCAGGGUGGCUGCCCGGAUCCUGGAGGAGCUGGUCAAGCCUCUGAGAGAGCUGGACAUCACCGACAGCGAGUUUGCCUGCCUUAAGACCAUAGUCUUCUUCAGUCCUGACUGCCCAGGGCUGGAGGCCCCUCAGACAGUGCGGCGGCUGCGUUUCCAGGCCCAGGUGCUGCUGGACGAGGCCACCUGUGAGCAGCGGGGGCGUUUUGGGGAGCUGCUGCUGAUGCUGCCCCCCCUGCAGAGUGUGGCCUGGCAGAUGGUGGAGACCCUGCAGCUGGCCAGGCUCCUGGGGGAGCCCAGCGUGGACAGCCUGCUGCAGGAGAUGCUGCUGGGGGAGGGGGCCACUGGGGGCCUGAGACAACGCACAGGGCAUGGUACGCUCCAGAGGAGCGAUACUUACAGUUCUAACUCAAAUGUAAUGGCGUUCCCCCAACCCCAAGAUCACACCCUGUCUCAGGACCUACUAGGAGGCCAUGUCGGGUUGCCUAGCAACUUCACAUCAGUCAUACUACCUGUCCCUAGCUCUCUGCCAGUGGUGCCGCUGGUGCCCACACAGACUGGCACUGAGGUGUACAGACAUGGAGAGGGGGCAGACAUGCCCAUAGAGUCUGCCCACGGCAUGCCCAUGGCUCCUGUCCACACCUGCCUCUGAGAAGCAGGCCAAGCAGCAGCAGCUACUAUACAAAGAGGAGAAAAAAGCUGUGUGGUCUAAACACACACACACACACACACACAAAUACACACACAUCUAAUCCGGCCCGCGUUUGGUUUGAAUAAAAUCGUUUUUUUUGGGGGGGGGGGGGGGGGGGGGGGGGGGGCGCUGUGUCCAGCUCCCUAAUAACCGCUGCGAGGAAAUACAACACAUUUUCAGUGCAGCCCUCCGAGCCUCAGUGAAGACCGAAUGCGGCACCUGGGGCAAUAUGAGUUUGACACCCCUGACCUGGUGUUGGUGCAUCCAGGCCGUACUACUAUAUGAUUACAACAUGAAGUAGAGGCUGUUACAUGGACACUAGUAACCCAAAAAGGGACUUUGACUCAGCCAGCCAAUACUCUCCCUUAUCCACCUUUGCACACUGCACAUUACACACAGGGAAUAUGAUGCAGACAAUUAAUAAUUGAUCAGGAAUUGUUCUUUAUGUCAAUUAAAAUCAUCAAAUCAAUAAAGACCACAGCUCAAUAGUAUGUUAUCUUUAUUAGAUCAUGGUUGGGUGAGUGAGUUGUGUUGGCAUGUUAAUUAAUGACAGUAAUGUGGCAGUGGUGAAGUAAGAACAAUUUCAUGUUUUUUAUCUUCAGGAUCAAAGUCCAUGCAGAUGUUGGUACUGUUAGACAUGUUAAAGUUACUCGUAAAAAUUGUGUUGUUUUUUAAAGGAAAUAAAUGAAAAAUACAUUUGUAGAGACUGCUAAA